AUGAAGAACACCGCCGUAUUCGUACUCCUCGGCCACGCGGCACUUGCUCAGGCCGAAGCCUGGUGGGAAGGUGCUCCAGAGUGUGCUUAUGACUGCUUCAACUCGUGGUGGUCCUCCGCCAUCGCCUGGCCGGCUCCCACCAGUUACUGCUCCGCAAACCAGGGAGCCUCCGUAUCCAACUGCCUCAGGACGGCCUGCUCGGCCACCCCGACAGCCGUGACCUCGUACAGCUCGCUGUCCGCGUCACUGUGCUCCAGGUGGUCAUCGUGUAGCUCUGCCGGCUCCACGGGCGUGUACACCAUCACAGCGCCAGCAUUCACCGGCAGAUGGCCCGACCUUGAUGAUGAUCACGAUUGGGACGACCUCGACUGGGAUGACCUCGACUGGAACGACCAUGAUGACGACGAUGACGACGACGACGACUGGGACGACCUGGACCGCUUCCGCUCGCGCUGGUCGCAGUUCACGCGCACCUGGACCGGCGGCGUCUACACCGUCACGGGCUGCGAGUGGGACGGAAACGUGUGGGCGGGCGGGCCGUGGGGCUACGGCAUCGGCGGCGCGGCCGGCUCGCCCUGGGGCCCCUGGGGCAGCGGCUGGCGGGUGACCACCGUCACGCAGACCAUCACGCGCGUCGUCACGGUCACCAGCUCGGGCGGCGCCACCUCGCUGUCCACCAGCGUCGGCCCGGGCCUGGUCGCCCUGGCCGUCAGCGGAGACGUGACGAGCACCAGCGUCGUCGGGGCGGCCGAGACGACCGGCACCGGCACCGCUGGCAACAGCCCCAGUGCUACCGGCGGCAGCGGCGGUGGCUCGGUUCCGGACGCGGCCGCUGCCUUGGCUGGGGAUGGCGCUCUCGGGGUCAAGGUUGCCGGGGCCGUUCUGGGCGGCGUCAUUGCUGUGGCUGCCCUGCUUUAA